CAGCAGUCAUGCCUCUGGUUCUCUACUACACGGAAACCAGUCCUCCGACACGUUCUGUAGACUUGGUCAUUCAUGCCCUUGGUUUAACCGCAGAGCACAAGGAAGUAGACUUGUUUAGCAAUGAGCAUUUAUCUCCUGAUUUUCUGAAGAUAAAUCCACUUCACACUAUUCCAGCUGUUGACGAUAAUGGCUUCAUUCUUUGGGGAAG